AUGGCUGAAUCGUGUUUCAGGUCCGAAGACGAGCAAAUCCGCUCGCUUUUGGACGACCCAGAAUACCCGUUCGUCAAAACCGAGGACCCAAUUUUCUACAAUCACGAGUACGAGAAGAACCUCCUGAUGUCUUACGACCUGGACCUCGGUGAGUCGUGUGGUUCGGAUUCAGAAGCAGUCAACCACCAAUACAAUUGGUACUCUGAAAAGGAGACGUCUCAUCUAACUUCUGUUCCAGUCAACCUCACUACCAGCGGACCGCUGAUCAAAGUGGAGCCUGCGAACAGCUUGAGCGAUCGCCGCGCUUUAAAGGUUAGCCCUGUUGUCGAUUUUUCGACAUAUCAAUCUUCGAAGCGUGGUCGACCGUCUAAGCAAACCAGCAACUCAAAAAUGGCAAAUUACGCUCGUAACUAUCGCGAAAUGAAGAAAAAUCAGUUAGCAACUGCUGAAGUUCAUUUGAAAGAGCUACAAGAAGAAAUUCGUCUGCUUCGGGAAGAAAAUCGCAGGAUGCAAGUCGCUUUGGAAGACGCUAACACCGAAAUCAGUCAUCUAAGAACCGUCAUCGACGAGGAUUCUUCACUUGCCAAUGUCGUCUCACGCAUGAACGAUCGUUGCUCAUUCCCGAUCUUGCGUUCUUCAACGGCCAGUGUGUGUCUUCAUGUGGGCGAAAAUGGUACGACCGUCGAGGUGUGCAAAACCUGCGCCGAUAAUUCGAAGAUGCACCUUCAACAAAAGUACAAGCUCGAUUCCAUUAAAAUUGAUCCAGAUUUGGAACUUUUCAAUGGAGAUUUUUCCUCUAUUGAACAGUUCAUUAGUUAA